GUUUUUUCUGCUGCCCUAUAGGCGUGCGAUUACUAAAAAUAUUGAAAUUCUUAAGUGAAAUUUCAUGUAAUGAACAAACGGUUUCUAAAUUUUAAUAUAUGGAUUUUUUAUUAAGUUAUAUUUUGUUUUAAAUAAUUAGUUUUAAAAACAUAGGGAAUUGGAUUUUGGAACAACUAUGUCAAAUUUAACAUCCGUUGAUAAUAAAUCUGUUAUAACUGUUGAUAAGUUCUUUUUCUUCGGUAAAAAAACUUCUCUUAUGGAGAGAGCGUUUGAAAUUGCUAGAAAAGUAAACAUUGAAGUAUCUUGGACAGACGAUGUCAAUGAUGAAAUGAAGAUUUAUGUUUGCGAAAGAAUACUUGAUAAUCCUCUUCUAAAAGACAUAUCACCCAACACCUGUAUUCUAGGACCAUGUUAUGUACUGCAGAUUUGCAGAAAAAAUUUACCUCCAACAAUACCGUUAGGCACCAGACGAAUCGCAAACGUACUGUCGGAAUGCUUGAUUUGCUUUACUUCCAUUCCAAGAAAAGAGCGUGAGAAUUAUAAAGAAAAAGUGAAGCUAAUGAAUGGGGAAGUUAGUGGAGAUUUUCACGAAGGUAUUACCCAUUUGGUAGCUGCGGAAGCUGGUUCAAGAAAAUUUAUUGUCGCCUCCUACUUAAACAAAUCUAUAAUGACUUUUAGCUGGCUUGAUAGUAUUUGGAAAGACUGUCACGAGCAACCUUCGAUAAAUAUUGAGGACUACCAGCAUCUCGUUUGCCCCUUAUUUGCUGGGUUAACGAUAUGUGUCUCUGGAUACGGAUCAAGUGUUCGGAGUAUGGUAAAAACUAAAGUGGAAGAGCUUGGAGGAAAUUUUUCAGGAUCAAUGCAACAAGCUUCAUGUACACAUUUAAUUGUUAACCAACCAGGAGGUCAAAAAUAUGAAUACGCAGUACGUUGGCAAAUACCAAUUGUUAAUUUAGAUUGGUUGAAUGACUGUUAUGAUAAAAAACAAGCAAGAGAUGAAAAUCAAUAUAAAGUUGUAUCGAAUACAAGCUCAGCACGAAAAACUUCAACACCUAAUACAUCCACUACGAAUUUUUCGGGCCCUGAAGUUAGCAUGGUUUCAAAUGUGUCAUCUAUACAAGACACGAUACUGGAUAUAACCAAUUUUAAAUCCGGAGAUUACUUGGAUGGCUGUGUCAUUCUCUUACACGGAUUUAAUGCAGAUUCGUUACUUAAUCUGAAAAAGUUAAUCAACGUUUGUGGAGCUGUAAGGGUUAAUAUAUACUCUGAUUCAGUUACCCAUGUUGUGGUGGGAAGUGCUAAUGACGCAAAGGAUUAUGAAAAUAAAAACGCCGUUGUUGUAUCACAGCAGUGGUUAAUUGAUUGUGCUAAAGACAGAAAGAUGCUUCGUACAUCUGAAUAUACCUUUGCGAAUAAAAAUGAUUCGCUCAAUAAAACCCAUUCCAAGACUACGACGGAAACUCCUAAAGCUGCACAGUGUCUUGAAACUACAGGGGUACAUGGAGAAAAUAUCGAAAAUGCAGACCUUUAUUCUCAGUAUAUGGGAGAUAGCACAAUGGAAAAAGUAGCAGCCGAUAUAGAAAAGGAAAAUAUGCGAGGAAAUGAAAAGACGACUUUUAUUGAGGAGGAAAAUUCACAUUCGAAUCAAACCUCAGAGACAACCGAUCAAGUAACAACGAAUGACGAGUCUUUUGAAGUUAGCCAGCAAAAUAACACAAUAUUUGCUAAUUUAAAAUUUAAAGUUAAUGAAAAUCUUGAUGAUAGAGAAGUUUUUUCUGCAGUAAUUCAAGAAAACAAAGGUGAAGUCGUUGAUGAAAACCCUGACUACCUGAUUGUUCCAAAUGAAGGAACAUAUGAGGUUUCUUCAGGAAAAGUAGUUACAGAAACUUGGAUUAAAUUAUGCCUCGAAAGAAAUUCUUUAGUCAAGCCUUCUUUUAUUUGCAAACCUUUACCAUAUGCUCAUGGGGAACCUCUAAAGAAAUGUGUACUUUGUUUCUCUGGUUUCCAAGGAGAAGAGCGACAAUCUCUUAUUAGAAUAGCAACAGCAUUAGGAGCAUGUGUUCAAGAACAACUAUGUCGAAAAAAUCGAAAGGAGUUAUUGGCGACAACUCAUUUAAUAUUAGUUGAAGCUUCUGGCCCAAAAUUUGAAGCAGCUCGACGUUGGAAACGUCAUGCUCUUAAAAUUUCUUGGUUAAAAGCCUGCUUUGUAAAUUUGGAACGAGUAUCUGAAGAAGAAUACGAUAUUGAGACAUUUGACGAUGGCGAAAUUUCUGAUGAACAGGAGAAAGAAGAUAUUGAUGAAACCGAAGACAUUCCCCCUCAGCCUUCUUUGCCUACUAAGCCCGAUUACAUUGAUUCACCUUCUGUAUUUUUAAAUCCUGACAAAUCUUUUAAACCUAGGAUAACAAUUGAUGAAGGCCUGUUGAAAAGUACUCCGAACGAAAGAAAACGGCCAAGGCAAAGUGGAGAUUUAAUGGAGGAAUGUUCGAAAGGUAUCGAGGCUGCUUUGAAACACUCAAAAGAGAAAGCCUCUCCUAGGGGAAUGACUCCCGCCAUUAAACGGAAAAAGAUCUCUCCUCUAGAUGGUGUUGUUAUAGGUGUAUCGACAAAACUUGCAGACAAGCAAACUCGAUUGAACGAGUUGGCUGACAAACUAGGCGCAGAAUAUCGUUGGGAUGUUGACGACGAAAGAAUUACACACUUGGUAUGUGAUAAAAUCUUGAAAAGUGAAUUAGAUUCUGAAAUCAGCUUAGGUCGAAAAGUUGUAACUGCAAACUGGUUGGAUUCUUGUGCUGAAAAUAAUAAACUUCUCGACGAAGAAAAUUUUUUACCAAAGUUAAUUAGAGAAAGUUCUGCAGAGGACGAAAAGAUUGAAUCAGAUAUUCAAGCUUUAAUGGAAUUAGAUGACAAUCGAAUGAAUCUUGACGUUCCAAGUAAAGGUUCAUUUUGUGGUCUUGCUUCUUUCACUCAAACUCAACAAACUGAAUCCCAAUCUCAGAGAGGAGAUGUUCGUUGGCAUGACGAACCAUCUCAACAAUCAGAUUUUGUUCAUGCCGAAAAGAAAGUUUUUAUUUUAUCUGGUUUUAACGAUAAUGAUAGGUUGGCCGCAACCGAAAUGAUUAUAAGUUUCAAGAAUUGUGAAAUUUUGAAGAGCAAUGGCUAUGAUGACAGCUGCACACACAUGGUCUGUAAAACUUUAAUUCGAAAUGAGAAAAUCUUAUCAGCGAUUGCGGCUGGCAAAUGGAUAUUGAAACCCGAAUACAUUAGCUCAAGUUACGAACAUAAUCAAUGGCUUCCUGAAGAAUCUUACGAAUGGGCGAAUAGUUUUAAGGCGGACAUAUCAACAGGUAACCCGCAAACUGAACAGUUAGCAAAAUGGAGUCGACAUUGGAGAAUUAAAAUCAAAGCGGGAGAACCACUACCUUUUCAAUCUUGGACGGUUGGUAUUUUGGCAAACAGGGAUAAAGUUGAAGGAUUUCGAAAGAUUCUUGCAUCUGGAGGCGCAACUAUAGCUUUCUUAAAAGAUCCAAAAGUAGCAGCGAAAAAAGUUUCACAUUGUUUCGUUGAUGGGUCCAAAAAAAAUGACAAGAAACUCUUAAACUCCAUUCGAGCAGAAACUAUAUUGAAAACAGACUAUAUCGUUUCAUACUUGAUGGGAAAUUACAAUCCAGAUUCUCAUAAAAUUUCAUUAUAAAAAGUGUUACUUUUUCGAUUGUAUGCAUAUAUUUGUUCAAAUAUAUGUACAAAAAUUGAUUUUCUCUUUCAUAAGAGUAGGUUUGAAUAUAUGACUACAGUUUAUACGGAUUAAUAUAUUAGUUUGAAUGUUAAUAUUUAAUAUAUAUAAAUUAUACUAUGUAUAUAUUUACAUAGUAGAAUAAACUUAAG